AUGGACAAAGUGAGGUGGCCGUCCUGGGAAUGGCUGUCGUGCGUGCACUACGGUCUGGGGAUCAUCGCCACCAUGGGGGCCUACAGCUUCCUGCAGGCGCGGGUGGUGUCGCAGCCCUAUAACGACCAGAUCUUCAAGGCCACCAUGUUCCUGGUGCUCUGCAAUCGCUUGGUGUCCAUCGUCUACGCCCUGUGCAUGAUGUUCUGCUUGGGCGAGAGCUGGAAGAUCCAGGCUCCAGUCUGGAAGUACGUGGUGGUGUCCUUCUCCAAUAUGCUGAGCACCUGGUGUCAAUAUGAGUCCCUGCGCUACGUGUCUCUGAUCCUGCAGACCAUGGCCAAGACUUUUAAGAUGCUUCCGGUGAUGCUGAUUGGAGUGGUCGUCUCCAACAAAAGGCCGCCGGCCCGGGAGUUCAUGGUGGUUUUGUUCCUGACGUUAGGCAUCACCUUGUUCGUGGUGGGGGGCUCCAUCAGCAGUGAGCACGCGGAAGGGUCCUCCUACUACGGGCUCGGCCUGCUGCUGGCCUUCCUGGGCUUCGAUGGCUUCACCUCCAACUUCCAGGAGAAGCUGUUCUGGCAGGACAAGAUGUCCAAGUACAACCAGAUGCUCUACAUGAACAUGAGCUCCGCGGUGGUCUCCGCCACGGUGCUCUGGUGCUUCCAUUCCUUCGCCUACUGUUUCUCCUUCAUCCUGCAGCACCCGCCAUUUAUUUGGCACGUAGCGGGCCUGUCUGUGGCGGCUGCUGCCGGGCAGUUCUACAUCUUCUCGAUGGUCCAUGACUUUGGCGCGCUCGCCCUGGCCGCGGCCAUGAACGCGCGCCAGGUGCUCACCAUCUUCGGGUCCUAUGCGCUGGACCCGGGGGCGCUGAGCUGGCUGCAGCUGCUGGGGCUGCUGGUGCUGGGGGGGAGCUUGUGGCUCAAGGUCUACUGCAGCUUCCAGGUAGCGCGCCGGAAAGCUGCGGUGAAGGCGACUACUCCAACCAUCCGAGACGCCAAUGUGGCAGAGGAGGCGACAGAGCUCAUGGAGAAAGACGUGGAGCUCACGGUCUUCGGCGUGCCCGAGGAUCUCCGAGACAGCCGCUCCCGCAGCGGCAGCACCUUGGGGGACCACACCCCUGUGCCGCCCUUCCGAAGUGAGUCUCGGUUCCACGAGACCUUCAAGCACUUCAGCGACAUCGCGGAGGACCAGUUCGACUUCCACAACUACUGCCUCCGGAAGACCACUCUCAAGGCCUAUGUGGCGAUGUUGCGGAUGCAAGAGCGGCUCUACUCGCACAAGUUUUACCGGCGCGCCGCGAAGGAUGCUGUAAAGAUCUACCUGGAGCUUUUCGACGGCAAGGCGAACGAGGACACCGGUGAGAAGAAGGAGUCCACGGAAGCAGGCAACGAAGAAGAGCUCAGCGCUGAGGAGAAGAAGAAGCUGAAGCACAAGAAGAAGCGGGAGGCGCAGAAAGAGACACAGAAAGCCACGACGACCACCACCACCACUGGGAAGCCCAAGAAGGUGGACGAUGACCCGGAAGGGGAGAAGCUCCUGCAGCAAGACCCUAUGGAGCAGGCCAGCAAGAUCGUUAAGACCAUGGUGACCUACAGCGCUCUCGACUCAGCCACUCACGUGAUGACCUACGAGGUCUUCAGCAGGCAGAAGAAGGUGCUCCACUGCUUGCAGGCCCUGAGAAAGCUGUGGGAGCUUGGCGGCUACGACCGGCUUCACUACAAGCUUGUGGCCCCGCUGGCGCACUUCUGCUUUGUCAUGGACCUGGAGGGCGACGUGCCGGCGCCCGUGCGAACGGUGGGUUUGGCAGAGGUGGCGGAGAUCCUGAAGGGGGAAGGCAACGACCGGGGGGGGGCUGUGACCUGGGAGGCGCUUCACAGGUUCUAA